AUGGAUGCAUUCAGAGCACCUGAAAAUGAGUCGCUCUUGUCCAGUUCCUCUGGUCCUGCCAGAUGGGAUCCCUUCCGUCGUCCCUUGGACUCCAUCCAGCCCUGGCACUUCAGGCUUCUGGCAGCAGUAAUGCUGGCGGUGACCUCCCUGUCGCUUGCUGAGAACCUGGCUGUAAUCGUGGUAACUUUUAAGUUCAAGCAAUUGAGACAGCCUGUCAAUUAUGUUAUAGUCAAUUUGUCUGUGGCUGAUUUCCUGGUCUCACUGACUGGUGGCACCAUCAGCUUUUUAACCAAUCUAAAAGGAUAUUUUUAUAUGGGAUACUGGGCUUGUGUACUGGAAGGAUUUGCUGUCACGUUUUUUGGCAUUGUUGCUCUCUGGUCUCUUGCUCUGCUGGCUUUUGAGCGGUACAUUGUGAUCUGCCGCCCAUUGGGCAAUAUGCACUUGAGGGGGAAGCAUGCAGCCCUAGGUAUUGCCUUUGUGUGGACCUUUUCCUUCAUUUGGACCAUUCCACCGACAAUGGGUUGGAGCAGUUACACCACCAGUAAGAUUGGAACUACAUGUGAGCCUAACUGGUAUUCAGGAGCUUAUACCGACCACACGUACAUUAUUGCAUUCUUCACCACCUGUUUUAUAGUGCCUUUAUCUGUGAUUUUGGUAUCCUAUGGAAAACUGAUGCGGAAGCUAAGAAAGGAUGCAUUUAGGGGAGAGAAGGUUAAAUGGCUGGGAGAGGUUGAUUUCAGUAUUAAACACAAGAAGUAUCCAAAGUUGAAUGUGAACUGCAGCACAGGUGCAUUGCUGCUCAUAGUGCUCCUG